AUGAAGGGCGAGGAUGUCAAGCAAGGUGCGAUGGUGCCCUACCGAGAUGGGGAGGACGCCGAUGAGACCAACAGCGUCGAGACUCCGACCACCAAGAGGGAAAGGAUCAGAAGCGAUAACAUCAAGCUCUGUGGGUCUAUCACGGAGUUCUUCCUCUUCCUUUUGACCUUCUCCCUGGCCAUGUUGGUCAACCAGUCUGUGGCGACCUCCCGGCUCAGCGAUCACAUCCGCAUGAAAAUGAACCCGACCCACUACCCCAUCACCAGAAUCACCGACGUGCACACGCUGUAUGACUACCUCGAAGAGGUCUUCAUCCCGGCGAUCUACAAGAACACCACGGACAUCCAGCUGGCCGAAAGCAUCUCCCCGCACCUGCGGCCCAUCGACAUUGCCAACCGCCUGCUUGGCACCGUGCGACUCCGGCAGGUUCGCGUUGAUCUGCAGCAGAACUGUCAGGUGCUGCCUCUCUUCGAGCAGUACACUGUCAGCUGUUAUCCGAAUUACAGCCCAGGCACAGCCAGUAAAAUGGCCUUCGGCCCCUUGGAGAGGUUUACAUACUCCGAAGAUAUGGCGGGCAUCGACUACGCCGGCUCCCUUGGCUCGUACACCUCCAACGGCUUCAUGCAGCUCCUGGCCUCCAAUGCCACCUUGGCGGCCCAGCAGAUCGCCCAGCUGCGCGCAGACGGGUUCCUGGAUGCGGCCACCCGGGCCUUCUUCGCAGAGUUCAACAUCUGGAACUCCAAUGUGGGCCUGUAUGCGGUGGUGAACUUCGUGGUGGAGUUCGGCGCGAGCGGCGGCACCGCACAGCAGGCGAUGCGCGGCCUUGCGGCCUGGGUCGACGUUUUGACUGCGACAAAGUGUUCAGACAUCUUCCUUGACUAA